ACUUGUUUCUUUCGAUUUUGAGUUUCCGGUCUUCUUUUCGAAAACCGCUGAGGUAGCGGUUGAAUUAAUUAACGAGGGAAAUGGAUCCGCAAACGUUCCUAGACAUCGCCACGAAGGUGACGAAGUUAAAGAUGUAUCCCUAUUUCGAUAUAGCACACUACACGCUGAUGUGCAUGGCGGCUCGGGAUGAUACGCCUGGUAACUCUUCCGGAACAGCAGCAUUUUCCAGAAAGCAUCCCCUCUCCUGCUGGAUUUCAUCGAUGCUGCUGUGUUUUGCAGGAAGUAUAAUUGCCAACUUCCUACUCGGAGAGCCGAUAAUAACACCAUUCAAAGACCACAAUGCACUGCUGACAGCUUCUGUUAUUUGGUACUUGAUAUUUUAUUCACCAUUUGACGUUGUAUACAAGACAAUCAAAUUCUUACCAUGUAAACUGGCAGUUGCUGGUCUGAAGGAGGUGCAGCGUGCCCACAAAGUAUAUCACGGAGUUGUGUACACUGCAAAGAUCUACCCUAACUCGGUGCUAGUCAUUCUGCUCAUCGGAACAAUUAAAGGGGCUGGUAGUGGAAUUAUGAAGACAUUUGAACGACUGGUUCGAGGAUUGUGGAUUCCCGGUACAAACGAAAUUCUUCAGCCAUCAUUCGUAACAAAAGCCUGUUUCCUGGCCUCUCUAGUGUUUUUGAUGGAGAAAAUGAACUACAUCACUGCCCCACAUGCCCUGGUGUACUUCGGCGUUGUCAUUUUCUUUGUUUACUUUAAACUCUCGGCCCUGCUUCUCGGCAUUCAUGACCCAUUCGCUCCUUUUGAGAACUUGUUCUGUGCUGUGUUCAUGGGAGGAAUGUGGGAUGCCAUGAGACGAGCAGUUGCCACGGAAACCAAGAAGGAAGAGAAAGACUCUGACAUUCCAGUGAAGAGCCGGGAAGACAAGAAAAAUGACUGAUGAUAAAAGACUAGACAAGCAUGUUUAAAAAAAAAAUUAAACCGAGUGUUGUGAAGUAGAGGAAAAACUUGUUUCCCUCCCCCAAGAUCUCCAUUGCUUUGACUGUAUGUAUUUACCGAUAUUUACCCAAGAGUUUGUGUAGGUGUAGGGUCUUAAUCGUCCAAGAUGUGGAGGAAUUAAUUAAGGACAAAAAUGUAGGGGUGUUUCUUGACCCCAGAGGGUUUUAGGUGUUUCUCCAGGAAUAGAAAUAAAACUGGGAGGAUUUAUCGGUUUAUGGAAAUGGCCCUUCAGAAGAAUCUCAUCAUGAAUAUACAUGAUGCAGGAAUUAUGAAAGCUAAGUUGAAUAGUGGGAUUAAACUGGUUCAUGUUGUCAGGGAUUAAAUGGUACCUGUUGUUGGGGUCUGUAAUCAUACUGGGUAGGCAGUGUGUUUAUGACACCUACCUUAUUCACAGGGAAAAUAGUACUAGAAAUGUAUUUUAGAGUACAUCUUUUAUGUGCGAGUUGAGGUCGAUAAAUAACUUUCUAAUCCCAUGGAGAGUACUUACUAAAUUUUUAUGAAGUAUCAUUUGUUUGUUAGUUUUUAGCUGAACGGUUCUGUUCCUAAUAGACAGGUUCUGUGUAGGAAGUAGAGUUAUAAAUUUCCAGGAAGAUUUGUCCCCGAGUUUUCCCCAACAUCCCCAUCCAUUCUUGCUUUGUGAGAGAACUGUGGAGGAUGGAUCUUCCUAUCGUAUGUGUUGUAAUGUAUGUGUAUUUAUCCAACAUGAUUGGUCAAUAUUCCAUCAUAUACUGUUAUUUAUUAUUGUACAGUAAAAAUCAAUACAUGCAUUAUCUCAUGGUAAUUUUUUUUUUUUUACCUUCUAUUAUAAUGCAAAUAAUUUCUUAUUAUUCAAAUAUUCUAGUCUUUGACUGUAUUAAAAGUAGUGCAAUAUACUCUACACAUAUUCAUAAACAAAUUUAAGAUCAUCUGUUUUAUAUACAAAUUUUUUUUUUUUUUUUUUUUUUUUUUUUUUGGAACAGUAGUAUUUUAUAAGAGUUUUCAUGUAUGAAUGCAUUUUUCACCUUGUGCUGAACAGAUAAGAUUUGUUUCAUUGUCAUACUGUCGUGUGUGCUGUGUACUGAUUCUGGACAGUUUCAAAUAAAUCUCUUUUUGAUAUUAAUGAUAA